GCAGAUGUCAGGUACAAGCUGAGAGGGUCUGAAGGAGAGGGAAUGGUACACACACGAGUUACACCCCACAGAUUUAGGAGUACCAGGAGAAACUCCAGACCCUCCACCUCUCUGUAUCCUGUUCCGAAUUAGGAGUUAGGACUGGACAAACUCUGAGACCCUUCCCCCACCAACAACCUCUCUAACCCUAUAAUCUGACUACUCUGUUCAUUUGGGGGAGGGAGCCUGCUGUGACCUGAAGGUGGUGGUCCUGUUUGACUUUGGAAACUGACCAAGAGGACAUCCUAUCUCCAUCAUCUCCAGGGACACUGAGAAGAGGUAGGCGGAGCAUUAAGACCUGCAGGCUUGUUCUCCAUCACACGUCUUAACCCGUAUUUAAGGGAUGUGGAAGCAUGGAGCCCCUUUACUUCUCCUCUCCCUAUUCCUGGCUGCAUUGUCCCCGCUGGGCAGGUCCCAGAGUGUCCUAACGGAUGAUGAGAUUGAAGAGUUUCUGCAGGGGUUCCUCAAAGAACUGGUACCAGAAGAAGAGGAGGAUGACAAAGGGGAGCCUAGAAGAGAAGAAGAUGGGGAGAUUGUCGAAACAACAGUUAGCAGAGGUGGUGGUUACGAAGAAGAAGAGGAGACUCUUGCAAGGAGAAGAGAGCCAACACCAAAGGGCGAAGGAAAAGAUUCAACAGGAAAGGUAAAAGAAAAGCCAAAGAAAGAAAAGAAGGAAAAACCUAUUAAACCUACAAAGAAGCCAAAGGAGAAGCCCCCAAAGAAAGAGAAGCCUCCUAAGCCUACCAAAAAGCCUAAAGAGAAGAAGCCAAAACCCACCAAGAAACCUAAACCACCAAAACCCACUAAGAAAGCACCAGGGAAGAAGCCAGAGAAACAGCCACACAGAGAAGAAGUAGAGGAAAGAUCUAGUAGACCUGGAAUCUUUGAGGAAGAUCAAGAGAGAUACAGGAAUCCUCAGAUUACUGAAGAAGAGGUAGAUGGGUACGGGAGGCCUAAAACAACCUUAGUAGAGGAGGAGAGAUAUGGUAGACCACAAAUUACUGUUGAAGAAGAAGAUGGAUACAGAACUCCACAAGGUAAAGAGGAGGAGGAAGAUCGGUACAGGAGACCCCAAAUCACAGAAGAAGAGGAGGAUAGAUAUAAAAGACCUGAUCUUACAGAUGACUAUGAUGAGGAUGGGAACAAAAGACGCAAAAUUACAGAAGAAGAAGAAAGGUAUAGAAGGCCCCAAAUCACAGAAGAAGAGGAAGAAAAGUAUAGAAGGCCCCAAAUAACAGAAGAAGAGGAAGAAAGGUAUAGAAGGCCCCAAAUUACAGAAGAAGAGGAAGAAAGGUAUAGAAGGCCCCAAAUUACAGAAGAAGAGGAAGAAAGGUAUAGAAGGCCCCAAAUUACAGAAGAAGAGGAAGAAAGGUAUAGAAGGCCCCAAAUUACAGAAGAAGAGGAAGAAAGAUCUAGGAGGCCAUCAGUGACUGACAAAAAUGAAGAAGAUUGGGAAGAAGGUCGGGAAGUGGAGCCACCGACGGAGGAUUACAAUGAUCGGCUGGAGAGAGAGGAAUACGAUGACUACUCGUACAAUAGAAGAGAAAAGAAGCCCCCAGUGGUGCCAGAGAGGAAACCAGUGCCACAGCCUCAGCCACUGCCUCCACCCAGGAAGCCAACUGCGCAGCCAACAUUACCUCCAUAUUACACCGAUGUGAAACCUGACAAGAAUUAUGAUGACUAUGAUUACUUAUUGCCCCCUGAAGUUACAGAUGAAAAUGAGUUUGAAGUGGAGACAGAUGAAGGAAAAUAUGGAUCAAAGAAGCCUCAGAAACCAACUACCAGCAAAGAGGAAAGAGAAGAGGAAGAAAGGCAGAAGAAAGAAAAGAAGAAAACCUCAGAUUGGGACUCAGAGGAGGAGGUGGAAGAGCUUCCUAAAGAGAGAAUAAAGUGUCCUCCACUUGGUCUGGAGUCUCACCGAAUAGAAGAUGAUCAGAUGCUUGCAUCCUCCAUGCUACGCCAUGGACUGCAUGCACAGAGAGGCCGUCUGAAUAUGCAGGCGAGUACUAAUGAGGAUGAUUUUUUCGAUGGUGCCUGGUGUGCAGAGGAUGAUGGCCUAAUCCAGUGGCUAGAAGUGGACACAAGAAGAAGUACACUGUUUACUGGCGUGAUAACACAAGGACGGGACUCCCUCAUCCAUGAUGACUUUGUCACCUCGUUUCACGUGGGAUUUAGUAAUGACAGCCAGAAGUGGGUUUUGUACAGCAAUGGAUUUGAAGAUAUGCUGUUCUAUGCCAAUGUGGAUAAGGACACACCAGUUCAGACAGAUUUCCCAGAGCCUGUGGCAGCACGAUUUAUCCGCAUAUACCCACAGACUUGGAAUGGAAGCCUCUGCAUGCGCCUGGAAGUGUUGGGAUGUCCUAUAUCAAACGUGGUCAGUUAUUACAGUCAGAAUGAGGUAAUUACAUCUCCCGACAAUUUAGAUUUCAGACAUCACAACUACAAAGACAUGAGACAGCUCAUGAAAGUCGUCAAUGAAGAGUGUCCAACCAUUACCCGUAUUUACAAUAUAGGGAAGACGCCAAAAGGGCUGAAGAUCUAUGCAAUGGAGUUUUCAGACAAUCCUGGGGAACAUGAGACAGGAGAACCUGAGUUCCGGUACACAGCAGGUCUUCAUGGGAAUGAGGUUCUAGGCCGGGAAUUGUUGCUUUUUCUCAUGCAAUUUUUGUGCAAAGAAUUUCGGGAUGAUAAUCCACGCAUCACGAGCCUGGUCAGGGAAACCAGGAUACAUAUUGUGCCAUCAAUGAACCCUGAUGGCUAUGAGAUUGCAAGCCAGAUGGGCUCAGAGUUAGGUAAUUGGGCUUUGGGCCAUUGGACAGAAGAAGGCUAUGAUAUCUUUACAAACUUCCCAGAUUUGAACACAGGACUAUGGGCAGCAGAAGAGAGGAAGUUGGUCCCUCAUCGCGUGUCCAACCAUCACAUACCUAUUCCAGAAAGUUUUCUGGCAGAGGAUGCUACGGUCGCUGCCGAGACAAGGGCGAUCAUGGCCUGGAUGGACAAAAUUCCAUUUGUGUUAGGGGCAAACUUACAAGGGGGGGAGAAGUUGGUAUCAUACCCUUUUGACAUGGCACGAGCGGCCAAAGAGGAAGUCCCACCGGAGCGACCUCGUCAUCACUUUUAUCAAGAAGAGGAAGAGGAAGAAGAAGAAGUUGUGGAAGCUGGUGCAGAAGAUGAGGAAGGGGCGUCUCGAACUCCAGACCAUGGAAUUUUACGGUGGCUUGCUAUCUCUUAUGCUUCAGCCCACCUCACCAUGGCAGAGACAUCUCGUGGAAGUUGCCAUGGAGAUGACUAUACCAAGGGAAUGGGGAUAGUCAAUGGUGCCAAAUGGAGGCCAGUUUCUGGCAGUAUGAAUGACUUUAGUUACCUCCACAGUAACUGCCUAGAGCUGUCCAUAUAUGUAGGAUGUGACAAAUUUCCACAUGAGAGCGAGUUGGCUGAAGAAUGGGAGAACAACAAAGAAUCUCUGCUGUCUUUCAUGGAGCAGGUUCACCGUGGCAUUAAAGGCAUUGUGACAGAUAGAGAGGGGGAGCCUAUUGCCAACGCCACUAUAUCUGUUGCUGAAAUAAGUCACGACGUGAUGACAGCAAGCGGUGGUGAUUACUGGCGUAUCUUGAACCCUGGAGAAUACCGGGUGACAGCACGGGCAGAGGGCUACACUCCGAGUGUAAAGACAUGUACUGUAGGCUAUGAAAUCGGAGCAACCCACUGUAAUUUUGGCUUACAACGCUCCAACUGGAAGAGGAUCAAGGAGAUCAUUGCAAUGAAAGGAAAGGGUCCACUUGUACUAGCUCCUGCUGGAGGACGGCGAUUAUCACCUUCUGCACGCCAGCGAAUGCAGAGACGCCGUAUGUGGUUGAACCGCAGGGCUAAACUUACCACUACACCAGCACCCACUACAACACCCACUACAAUUCCUGUUGUUAUAUCUACGACCUUACCACCCACAGAGGCCCCUACAACACUUCCUCCUCGUAGGCUGGAGCCCCCCACGCCUUCUGAGUCACUGUGGGACACUGAAACGGAGACCUACACAGAAAUUGUUACAGAGUUUGAGACAGAAAUUUGGGAGGAGGAGGUCACCACUCCUGUGGCCCCAUUUACCACAGUAGAGACUUACACUGUAAACUUUGGGGACUUCUAAGAGGGGGAAAAAGGCUAUUGGCGAGGGCAUUGAGAAAAUGUGAGAGGCAUCAGAAAGGGCAAACUGGAUUGCAAGGAACAGAAA